AUGUCAAUUCAGGCUCUACCGGAGACCACCACCCGCGCUCUCGGCUCCUCACUUGUACUCAACGAUGCAAAAUCAGUUGUCAAAGAGCUUGUCGAUAACGCCCUCGAUGCCCGUGCCACCAGUAUCGGUGUCGAAAUUUCUGCCAACACUCUGGAUGUCAUUCAGGUAAAGGACAAUGGCACCGGUGUCGGUAUCGAGGACAGACAGCUCCUCUGCAAACGAGGUUGCACUUCGAAGAUCAGAACUCUUGACGACCUCAACCGACUCGGCGGUUCCUCUCUUGGAUUUCGAGGUGAAGCUCUGGCCAGUGUAGCUGAACUCAGUCGAACUGUAACCGUCACGACUCGGGUAGAUGGUGAAGUUGUAGGAACAUCUGUCAAGUACACUGCUUCCGGAAUGCUCAGUUCUUCAUCAGCUUCUCAUCCAGUGGGUACAACCAUUCGCGUACAAGACUUCCUCGCCAAGAUACCCGUAAGAAAGCAAAUUGCUCUCAAAAAUAUUGCCAAAACCUUGCAAUCGAUCAAAGCCCUUCUGUUCUCGUUUGCCUUCGCGAGGACUGAAGUCCGCUUCUCGUUGAACGUUCUAAAGGGGAAGAAUGAUAAAAUGAACUGGACAUAUGCUGCCGCCUCAAAUGAUUCACUGACAGAUAUUGCCUCAAAGAUUGUGGGAAAGGAAAUCACUGCAGAAUGUACAGCAUAUGACACGUCUUCGACCGGUUGUGACGUGGGAGAGGAGGACUGGAAAAUCAAGGCACUUUUGGUCUCACCAGGGGCAGACCUGGCAAAGGUUCGCAAUGCUGCUCAACACAUAUCGGUCGAUGGUCGACCGGUCAGCGGAGAUCGAGGCACGAUGAAAGAAAUUGUUAAGAUAUACAAGCGUUGCCUAGAGCACACUCUUUCAUCUGCAGUCAGCUCCUCACUUUCGCGACCCUUUCUGUUCAUGCAAAUACAAUGUCCACCCCAAAGUUAUGAUAUCAAUGUUGAGCCGGCCAAGGAUGAGGCCCUUUUCUUUCGACCCCAUGUACUGUUGUCAUUAGUAGAGAAUCUCUUUCGGCGGGCCUAUGGUGACAUUCACAAUGCUCAAAUCGAUGAUGUGAACAGAACAAGAAGCUCGGAGACAUCUGAAGCUACUUCAAAAUUACACAGAACCAUGUACGUCGCCGACUUGGAGGAUUUGGGAGAGCCAGAAAGUUCUAUCCGAGAAGAGGCUCGCGAUUCCGCUGAACCGGGAGACAUCUCCGUCCCGGCAAAGAAUAUGUCCAAUCCCUUUACCAUUGCAGCUAUGACGACAAUCGUCACACCAAAGGAGAUGAGAGUGUGUGGACAGAACACAUUACAGCAGAACGAGACCAGGACGGACUCCAACUGGUUGUCGGUAGAGCGUCGUUUAGCAGGCUCAAAUUCCCACAGAACUUCUCUGGGUCCGGAAACACACCUUCCUUCCUCAAGCUUGGCGCUAGAGAGUCCAAUUCCAUAUCAAAAUCCCGGUCCUCUAAUGAAAAGACGCGCAAAUAUUACUAGGCAAGCUGAAGAUGAGGAACAAGAGUCCCUAACUUCUGAUGACGGUGAGCAAAGCGCACCAUCAAAAAGGACAAGCUUGCAAGCGUGGUUGACUCCGAACUCUUCUGUUCGUCCACGUCCUGUUCAGGGAGUAAGAAUCUCGGUCAAUGAUGUCGGCGGUUCUCCGGAAGCGAGACAUGAACAUUCAACUAGACCUCCACAACCUGCGAAUGGCACGAGGUGGUCACCACCAGGCUCCGUUAUGGGCUUGAAAUGGGGACCGGGCCAAAAACCAUUCAAGUUCCCAUUGAAACGCGAUUCUCACCACCACAGCCAUCCAUCCACGACCUCAAACUCAACCUCGCCGGGAUCGCUUCUCAUUCCAGACGAACUGGUCCUGGAGCGAGGUGGUGCCUUUGAUUCUGAGCAAGUCAACGAAGAUGAUGCCCCCUCUACCAGGAAUCAGAGGACUCUGUCGCUAGGGAUUCCUCGGCUGGAUACUGGUAUUGCCAGCCCGGCAUUCCCCAGCUCUUCCGCAACAUCGAAUACCAGCACCGAGCUAGACGACAUAAUGGACUUCGAGCACAGAAAGAAAAUCGCAAUGGCCUAUCAACGAAGGCUCGCAACAAAGCUUUCACCGCGCAAAUCUCUUCGGGGAGUCAUUGGAAGGAGAUCAAGUCAGCCCGACAAUGACGAAUCCGCCGAAGGUGAUGGACAGGCGGACAAACCAGGUCGAGAAGAUUCCGAAGCCAGAUUCAGGAGCUGGAAAGAUCCAGAAACCGAAUUUGAGCUUCGACAGACACAGACCAGAUCGAAUCCACAUCAAAAUCGGUACCUGGCGGCUAUGAGAGAUUUGUCCCAAUCCCACUCUCAUUCUCACUCUCGUCCGAGCUCGAGUCAAGAACGCCUCCUUGUCACAGACGAUCUCGAUGCGAACCCUACACCUCACCUCGCCCAGGAUGACCCAAGAGCUUACUUCAUGCGCCAACAACGGAGAAGUGGCCAUGGUCUCGGCCACAGCAAACUUCACCGCACCAAAUCCUCCCGCCUCCCUCUCGAAACCAUAUCAUCUGAUGCCGUCACCGUGAAUCUAGCCCUGACGGCAGACGCAUUCAAACAUUUCGACACGGUCAAGAAGUGCUUCGCAACGUUAACUUCUGUUGACAGGUACGUCGCCAGCACGGGUGGUGAGGCAGAGCUCACUGCUGAUCUACUUGACGCGAAUGUCGACGGGGACUGGGGCUCUGAGCUUCGACACCUCGUGAGGAAGAAUUAUCGUUACCAAGCCAACGAUGGGAGGACGUUGGUUCCGCAUUUGCAAAUCGCUGUUUCGAAAAUGGUUGACGAAUCGAUUUCUACUUGGGCUCGCAUUCGAGCUUGA